UUUUAUUUGCAGAGCUUUGGUCGUAUUUCUCUCAUCAGAGGAGGUCAAAGCCUUUCUCGGAGUGUAGGAUGUUUUCCAGCAAUUGGCGUAGCACCACCUCUCACAGAGAUUCUUGGAGUGAGAUAUGCAUAUCAACCCAAAUCUAAACAGCAAAAGAAAAGUGAUUUGGUACCAAGUCACAGAAUCGGUGUCACAAAAAGUUGGGACUCACAACACACAGGUGCGUAAAAUUAUCUAAAAGGUGCCACUCAACUAAACAAGCACGAUUCAGUUAAGGAGAUCAAAGAAGAAUGCGAAAAACCAUGAAAAGGGCAGUUUGUUUGAGUUGCCGUCUUUUUUCCCUACGAUUGUAUCAUAUAAUCUCCCAUCUUUCCUUUGUAAUGCGGUGGUAGUUUAAUCUAUCCCGCGCGCGUAGCAGGCGAUUGGAAGUAAUGGGCGCAAAAAAGAACGGGGCAAGCGAGGGAAACACGCGAGCAGAGAAGGAGCUCCCUCUCCCCUCGCGUGUAUCUCUCUCCCGCCGCGUUCUUUUCUGUGCCGUUACUUUCAAGCGGCUGCUACGCAGGCUAAGUUUAAUCUUAAUUUUCUGUCUACAAAAUUUAUUAUUCAUUUAUCUUUUUGGAAAAAAAAUCACGCACUAUAUUAAGUUAUUUUUGUUUUGUUUUCGCAGGAAGUCUAAAAGGAAGCUACUGGGCGUCCGAACGACUACUAGAUGACAUAAUGAUUCGCAAGUUUGUUGAAGGCGUUCUGCAUGACUUUUUGAAAUCUGAAGUUGUUAUCAAACGCAAAGCUAACCGUAUCAACCUGGUCUUCAUCGUGUCCAAGGAAGGAGAUCUCACAAAGUUUUAUUUCCUGGUUGGAUUUACUGAGAAGCUGCUAUCUGAACUGCUAGGUUGCGUGGUGAAAAUUGAACCACAAUCUGCCUUUUAG